AUGCGUCCUCUCUCUGAAGCCAUGAUCAAGCUCAUCACAGACACUGGAUCAACGGUUAUUGCCGUGGUGGCCAAGAUUCAGGAACUUGACCAGUUAAACGAUCUCGCAUUACAAUCAUGGGCAAAAGAGUUUGCUAUUGCUGUUGCACGUUAUAGAGGUAUCCAUCGUAUAUUGAGCAAAGAGCGCGAUACAUCGUUGUACAUUGAAUCAGUCUAUCUAAAGGAUGCUCUGAUUACAGCGGAUAACUUUAUGCUCGAGAAAACACAUUGGACUUGGGACCAGGCUUGGCUUGAUCCACGAUGGAAACGCGCUGCAUUGGAACGUAAGAAGAUAUGGCAAGCCGAGGAAGAGCAUCGCAGAAAGCUGAGGGAGGAGGAGGAGAACCGUAUCAUGCUUGCAGAAGCUCAUACAUUCCUCAAUACUGAGCUGCUUGUGUUCGACUAUCCUACUGAAGAAGAGUGGCAAAAACUUCGCAAUCAGCCUCCGCUACAGGAAGACCCUGCUCCCAUCACUUUGUUCGAUCCGACUUUCGAUAUUAUCUCCAAGUCUUCAUUUGGUUCAGUGCGAAAUUUUCCAUCAUCAUUUACCGGGAUACCCAAAAUGAUGGAUUCUACAGAUAUUCCUGAACCUCGACCUUCCACGACGUCAGAAUGCACCUCUUGGCAAGCUUCUGAUAACGCUGAUAUAGUCAUCCGAUCUCCUACAAAACGGGCUACACUUCCCGUUAUGAAACAAGCUACUCCUUCCGCUGCAAAACCGGUGACGCGUUCCGUUACAAAACCGGCUACGCUUCCCACUACCAAACGGGCUAUGUCUCCUACUUCCAGACGCGCUACGUCUCCUACUUCCAGACGCGCUAGGUCUCCCGCUUCCAAACGCGCUAGGUCUCCUACUUCCAGACGCACUUCGUCUCUCACCGCCAAACGCACUACGACUUCCACUAUGAAACGCACUGGGCUGGUCACUACGAAACGCACCACGCUUCCCACUACUAAAAGCACUAUGGUCGAUCCCGAUUUGUCAGGGAAGACUUCGUCAAAUAAGAAACAGCCGCAGUUGUUGCAGGCAACUACUUUCGCAGCCUCAGACAUUGGUAUUUUCAUUCUUUGA